UGAUCAAAGUUUGUUUUGUUUACAACACUAAAACUUAAAAUAAUCGCAUUCAAUCGAAAUAAGUUAUUCAUUAAAUAUUUUAAUGUUUUUGUGAUCGAAUAAUUAAGUUAUGCCUUGCAGAAAAUCUCCUCACAUUUUGUUUUUAAAUGCAGAUACUGAGAUGGAAUGGGUCGACAACUAAUUUUCCACUUCACUUUAUCAUUUGUUUCAAUUCAAUCAACUUUAAUAUUCAAUCCUUAAGUGCUAACCUCCACCAAAGUCACUUAGAUCAUUACGUAGCUAAAUUAUGUCUUAUAAAACCAGUGGUGUGAUAUGAAAUAAUAAUCUUAUGUCACUUGUUUAUAACCAUCCUCAUCUCACGAUAAACAAGUUUCUGUAGUCCGCUUGUUGCCCUUAACCUUAUCUGUUUCUUAAAUACCUAUUCUGUUGAGAUUAAGUAUGUGUUAGUUCUCUGUGAUCUUUUGGCGAAGGCAGACCUUGAUUGACAUGGCUGGUCGCAAAAGGGUUUUCGAUUUAUUGAGGACAGUCAAUCAAGCAGCAUGCAGCUGUCCUGCUCACAGUCACCGGGGCAAUGUUCAAGUGUCUAAUGUAACCCCUGUACCUUCCACUGCUUUUGAGAUAAAGCACUCAACCGUCCGCUAUGGCCUCGGAGUCACACAAGAGGUUGGCUAUGACCUGGUUAACCUAGGAGCCAAGCAUGUGUGUGUCAUGACAGACCCAAAUGUCGUGAACCUGAGUCCUAUGAAAGCAGUUCUGGAAGCACUAACGAAAUCUGGAGUCAACUAUACAGUCUAUGAUAAUGUUCAUGUGGAACCAACAGAAACUAGUUUUAAGGACGCAAUAAAGUUCGCCCAAGAAAACGACUUUGACAGCUUCGUGGCAGUCGGUGGAGGUUCCACCAUGGACACUUGCAAGGUUGCCAACCUGCUGUCCUGCUAUCCAGGUUCUGAGCUGAUGGACUUCGUCAACGCUCCCGUUGGGAAGGCCAAGCAGAUCGACAAAGUCCUGAAGCCUAUGAUAGCUAUUCCAACAACCAGUGGCACCGGCAGCGAAACGACCGGCGUCAGCAUAUUCGACUGUGAAACCAUCAACGCCAAGACUGGCAUCGCGGGCGGCGCGAUCCGCCCCCUCCUAGCCAUAAUAGACCCCCUCCACACACUCACAGUACCUCAAACUGUAGCCAACUAUGCUGGCUUCGAUAUCUUCUGCCAUGCUUUGGAGAGUUUUACGGCGAUACCUUAUGACAAGAGAGAGCCUUUUCCGAACCCGGCUGCGAGAUCUCAGGCGUAUCAAGGAAGUAAUCCUAUAUCUGAUGUUUGGGCCAGAUUUUGUCUACAGACUAUCCAAAAAUAUUUCGCCCGCUCAGUAUACAACGCCGAUGACCUUGACGCCCGUUCGGGCAUGCACUUAGCCGCAACAAUGGCUGGUGUAGGCAUCGGCAACGCCGGUGUUCAUCUGUGCCACGGACUUGCCUACCCUAUUGCCGCGCGGGGCAAGAAGUUUAUACCGAAGGACUAUGGGAAAAAACCCAUGAUCCCCCACGGCCUCUCCGUGGUAGUAACCGCCCCAGCAGUCUUCCGUUUCACCGCCGUAAGCGACCCUGACAAACAUCUUGAAGCCGCCGGCCUUUUGGGAGCAGACACCACUGGCGUCAAACAAGCUGAUGCAGGGAAACUGUUAGCUGAUACAAUACUCAAGUAUAUGGACAUGAUGAACAUAGAGGAUGGAUUGAAUGCGCUUGGGUUUUCUGGGGAGGAUAUUCCUAAUUUGGUGCAAGGAGCACUGCCUCAGCAACGGCUGUUGAAGCUUGCUCCUCUACAACAAUCAGAAGAAGAUUUGUCAAGGAUUUUAGAAGAAUCAUUGACCGUAUUUUGAUAAGAUAAGAGAUUCGUUGAUCAGACUUCAUACUCAUAUGUGAUAUAAAAUGUUAUUAUGAUUUUUAUUUGAAAUAUUAUACCUGUUCGUUACAAA